AUGAACUAGAAUUCAAGAAACAGACGAGAAGGGGAAAGAAGGCAAGAAACCAUGAAGACCGUUGUCCUGCCAGCAUCCUCUGCAAGAUCCACCACCACCACCGUGGAAGACUGGUCCGAGACUCGCGAUAACUGCUACUUUCCUGGGUGCCGAAAGGAUGCAAAUUGCAAUUGCGAGAUCUGUCUUGCGAGCAUCAACGCUACCCUCGAUCUCAUGCCGAUGAGCGUUCAAAGGAGUUCGUUUACAAAGCUCUCAGCUUCGAAACAGGCGUUAGAAAGAACCCCAGUUUCAUUUGAUCCUUCAAUUCUGUUCACGCCCAAAUCCAGUAUUCAUCAGACUCCAAUAACUCCCCCUCUCAAAUCCACUGCAAAGUUGAGUUCUUUGGAAAAGAUUGAGAAGAAGAGGAAGAGACCUUGGGCUAUUGAGUUUAAAUUUUGGAGAUUUCUCGUUGGACUGAGCUUGAUUUUAGCUUCGGAUAUUGGCUUUGCGUGGGUGGUCUCUGGGCUUUUCAAACCUGAACUCUCUGCAGAGACAGUAAGGACUAUUGCGGGUGAAUCUCGGAUUCUGAAACAAAUGAAUUUAAGAUUAGAGUUCUUGGAGAAAAGGCUUGGAGAUAUUGCUCAUGGGAAGGUUUCAAAUUGCAGCUCUGCGGGUUCCACAUGGGAAUUUAAUCAGGACGGAUUGCUUUUGAAUUCACGUUGCAUACUGUAUAAAUCAGCAUCAGAAGAGAUAAGCAUAUGGGGAUGGCCUCUGCGAACUGCUGGACUGCUUGCAACAGGAUUUUCUUCUCGAUCAUUAACUAUCUUAUCAGGCAAAAUCACAGAGUGGUCAGAAGGAAAGUUUGGGUUUUCAGUUGGGAAGACAAAUAGCUCAUGGGUACAGAAAAGAUGGAGCGCCUCUGUUGUACAAUUAGAUCCAAAUACCUGGGUUCUUGAGUAUCGACAGAGCACAAUGUUGGAGAAUCCAAGAUUGAUUUUGUCUGUGCUGGAGUUUGUGAAAUUCGGAAUAUCAAGAACAAUUAGAGAGAUGAAACAUCAAUUCUGGAUGUUGCCUUCCUUCUCUCACCACUACAGGAACACUGCAGGAGAUAAUUGCUCACGCCCAACUUAAAUGUACAUCAGAACAUGAUUCAUACCUCACUUCUUGUGAGGCUUUUAAUUCGCCCUUCUCUUUUGGCAAUUGUAAGAACUUAUUUGCAGAUUAUUAACAGUGAUAAAGUUAACCAGUCAA